UGUGUGGAAUAAAUUUAAAAAGAAAAAAAAAAUAUGGGGUGCGAAACGGCGUCGCAUAGAACAAAGUCUAAGCACACAAAGGGAUUAUGGUCACCUGAGGAAGACGAGAGGCUGAGAAAUUACAUCCUCAAGCAUGGCCAUGGCUGUUGGAGUUCUCUUCCUCCCAAGGCCGGGCUGGAAAGGAAUGGAAAGAGCUGCAGAUUGAGGUGGAUUAAUUACUUGAGGCCUGGACUUAAAAGAGGAAUGUUUUCCCAAGAAGAACAAGAUACAAUUCUUGCUCUUCAUCACAUGCUUGGGAACAAAUGGUCUCAAAUCGCACAACAUUUACCAGGAAGAACUGACAACGAAGUAAAAAACCUGUGGCAUUCGUACUUGAAGAAGAAACACUAUAAACAACAACAAAAACAGCCAUCUUCAACUUAUUCCACAACUAAUUCAACUACUUCAGAUUCUGCAGAUUCCUCAACAACAAAUCCAUCCAUGGGCUCUCCUAAACCCAACAACAACUCCCUCCCCAAGCUCUUCUUCGCCGAGUGGCUCGCUCCCAACAACCAUUCUGCUGGUGGCUGGGGCAUCUGUGGAUCAAAGUUUGGUCCGAACUUGAGCAUUCAUCAAAGUGUUGUUGGGAACAAUAAUUUAAAUGGAGUCGAUUUCGAGUUUGGGUCGAGUUUGGGUUCGGAGCUCCAGAAUAAUGGGAUCAUGGAUUCUCAUUUGAAGCUUGAGGAUCUGAUUUCCAAUGGCUUUGCCAGUUAUGCUUCUGUUGGGGAUGUGUGUGUUGAACAACUUCUGCAUUUUGGGAAUGGUUUUAUAAAUAUGUGAGGGAUGAGAGCAAUUAUUAUUAUUGCAGCAGAUACAUUGGUUAAGAUUUUUUUUUUUUCUUCUGGAUGGGGAAACUCACAUGAACCUAAAAUCAUUUGGGUUGGGUUGAAUUCAGUUUAAGUAUAAUUUGUAUGUUCUUUUUUUUUUUGGUUCACUUGUACAAUGACUCACUUUGUUUGUUGACGACUUUGGUUAACAUCUUAAUUAAUAAG